AUGGACCAAGCACCAUUUGGUUGUCAGCCUUUACGGCAGCAGUUAAUUUCGUUACAACAUGGGCUAUUCUUGGUGGAGAGGAUUGGUAGAAGAGCGCUAACACUUGGCAGUCUUAUAGGGGCAAUUGUGAGUCUAGCUUGGUUAGCCAUUGGGUUUCAACUCUCUGCAAUGAACACGACUCCUAUUACGCUAAGAGAACAGACUGCAACGAUUUCCAAAUGUCAAACAUAUUUAGACUGUAAUUCAUGCAUGCGGGACUUAAACUGUGGCUACUGUUACAUUGACUCUGACAAUGGACCAGAAAAUGGGACGUGCUUGAGAGCAAACUAUGAUGAGCCUUUUAAGGCUGUAGCUGGUCGGUGUAACGAUACUCAUUUAGAAGGAGAUCUUACGUGGGCUUAUGACUACUGUCCUACAAAGUUUUACUGGAUGCCAAUGAUAGGCCUGGUUGCUUACCUCAUGUUCUUUGCUCCAGGUAUGGGACCAAUGCCUUGGACAAUCAAUUCAGAAAUUUACCCUUCCUGGGCUAGAAGCGCGGGCAAUGCGGCGUCCACAUUCACAAACUGGACAGUUAACCUCGCCAUGUCUAUGUCUUUUUUAAGCUUAACUCAAGCACUCACACGGUUUGGCACAUUUUGGCUGUAUAGCGGACUUGCUUUAAUUGGCCUUAUUGUGUUGGUGUUAUUCCUACCUGAAACCAAAGGAAAAACUCUUGAAGAAGUGGAAGGUUUGUUUGCAAGACCUUGGUGUGGUACAGGCCCCAAAAUUGACUAUAACGUGGAAAAUAUACAGUAUGUUCACAUACGUGGACUAAAUAGAGACGGCAGGGAGUCUGAAAUUGAUUCACCAGACUGAGAAUGUUUGAGCAGCUCUGUUAUUGCAUUAACCGUUAUGGAAAGUACAAUAUCUUGAUUGAUGAGAUGAGAAAGACCAAAGGCAUCACAAACCGCUAUCAAAAAAAAUCGUUGGAUUUUGCGAUCGUAGAUGAAAGAUGUAGAUGAAAUAUAAUCACUGUGAAUUUAUGAGACAAGUGUAAAUGACAUAACUAGAAAUUAAUUGAAACAAAUCACGUGAUACAGGAAUAACAGAACAAGUUUAAACAAUUUCCCACCCCUUUUCAAUUGGUGCACCUGAAAAACAAGAAAUGCAUUUAUUUAAUCUAAAUUCAGCAUUUUUAUUUCUAUAAAUUUCAUGUAAUAAAUAUACUAGAGCCUUUAACUAAUUUACAAUUGUUAAUUAGUAGGCAUGUUGUCAUUAUCAAAUUGAAAAUUGUAAAUAA